AAUCAGCCCAAGAAACAUUCGACAGAUAAUUCACUAAUACCACCGCCAUACGACCAGCAAAAUGGCAAUCGACGAUAUCUUGGCUGCGAUUCCGAAGCCGGUUACGGUUGGAUUCGCUGCAUUGGGUGCUUUGUGGCUGGGCAGGAAGGUCGUCAGCUACAUCGCCCUCCUCUUGGACCUCUUCAUCCUCAGCGGCACCAAUCUUCGCAAGUAUGGGCCAAAGGGCACCUGGGCAGUCAUCACCGGCGCCUCCGACGGCCUUGGCAAGGAAUACGCCCUCCAGCUCGCCGCGAAGGGCUUCAACAUCCUCCUCGUCUCCCGCACCGAAUCCAAGCUCGCCACCCUCUCCCAGGAGAUUGAGACGAGGACGCCAGCCAUCAAGACGAAAUACCUUGCCAUGGACUUCUCCAAGGAUAAUGCGACCGACUAUGCCAAGCUGAAGGCGCUUGUUGACGACCUCGAUGUCGGAAUCCUCAUCAAUAACGUCGGACAGAGCCACUCAUACCCCGUCCCGUUCCUCCUGACGCCGCACAAGGAGAUGCGCGACAUCAUCACGAUCAACUGCCUUGGCACGCUCGAGGUGACUCGCCUCAUCGCACCUGGAAUGGCCCAGCGCAAGCGUGGACUCAUCCUGACAAUGGGCUCCUUCGGCGGACUUCUCCCCACGCCGCUUCUCGCUACGUACUCGGGAUCCAAGGCAUUCCUCCAGCACUGGUCGACGUCUCUUGCAUCUGAGCUCGGCCCGCAAGGUGUGGACGUGCAGCUUGUGCUCUCUUACCUCGUGACUUCCGCCAUGUCCAAGAUCAGACGCCCAUCGGCUAUGAUUCCCAACGCUCGCAACUUUGUCAAGUCGGCUCUCGGUAGUGUGGGCCGCUCAGGUGGUGCAAGGAAGACCGCGAACACGUCGACACCGUACUGGAGCCACGCCCUCAUGCAGUGGUGGAUUGAGAACACGAGCGGCACGAGCAGCCCAACAACGGUGGCUAUUAACAAGAAGCUCCACCAGGAUAUCCGAACGAGGGCAUUGAAGAAGAUUGAGAGGGAUGCGAAGAAGAGUACUUGAGACAUGAAGGGUACUUAAUUAACUUGGCGAAAAGAUUGAAGUGUGGAUGGACGGCUUAUUUUAAAAAUAGGGGUGAUGACACUGUAUGAGAUAGGGAUAUGGGAUGGCAUAGUUUAGCUUGGGGAGUAUAGGGGGGGAGGGGUAAUGGCGGCGGUAAAUUUAUGGAAGAGGUUGAGUCUCAUAACGUAACCAACAAGCUACGAG